UCUAAGCCGGAAGUCGCUCGCAGAACUUGCGUAGAGCCGCUUUAUUAACGGCUGGAGCCUCUCAGUCCAGCGGGUGUUGGAUAGAGAGUCAUCAGUUGCUUAGCGGCCAUGGCGCUGAACAGGAACCAUUCGGAGGGAGGCGGCGUCAUUAUCAAUAACAGCGAAAGCAUCUUGAUGAAUUACGAGCACAUUGAAAUGACAUUCCAUGAUAUGGAACAUAUGCCAGAGGCAUUUAAAGGGACCAAGAAAGGCAGUGUCUUCAUGACUCCGUAUCGAGUUAUUUUUGUAUCUAAGGGAAAAGAUGCAAUGCAGUCUUUCAUGAUGCCCUUUUAUUUAAUGAAAGAAUGUGAAAUUAAGCAACCCGUGUUUGGAGCAAAUUAUAUUAAGGGCGUAGUAAAAGCAGAGGCAGGAGGUGGUUGGGAAGGAUCUGCAACGUUCAAAAUGACAUUCUCAGCUGGAGGUGCCAUUGAGUUUGGACAGCGUAUGUUACAAGUAGCAUCUCAAGCUUCAAGAGGAGAAGUUCCCAAUGGAGCCUAUGGUUACUCCUACAUGCCAAAUGGGGGCUAUACCUUCCCACCACUUGCUACCAAUGGGAUGUAUCCUCCUCCUCCUCCUUCGGGAUACCCUUAUCCACCACCGCCACCUGAAUUGUAUCCUGGUCCACCAAUGGAUGGUGCUAUGGGAUACAUGCAGCUUCCGCCUCCUCCCUAUCCUGGGCCUAUGGAGCCACCUGCUGCUGGCCCAGAUCUUCCCACCACUCCAGCAGCUGAAGCUAAGGCUGCAGAAGCUGCUGCAAGUGCAUAUUACAACCCAGGCAACCCUCAUAAUGUCUACAUGCCCAUGGACCAGCCUCCUCCACCUCCUUACUUUCCUCCAGAGGACAAGAAAACCCAAUAGAAAACCAUCAUCACAUGUUGCAUCCUUUAUUGCCAUAUGGCUAAAAAUUGAUUAGGGAUAUGACAGCGAUAAGAGCCACCUUGUCUCUCCUCUCCCCCCCACCCCACCCCCGUACAUGUAUCUCUCAUGGACAGAAAUGACAGAUAUAUGUGCCAGUAGGAAAGUGUUUCUAACGUUUUCCUGGAUUUGGGAAUGCACAGACACUUAAACAUUGUUCUCCUCUGUAAGAUGUAAUGAAGGAGUCUUUUUCCCUAUCCCACCUUUUAAUUGUCCCAGAGAACAUUCUUUCUUGAAGAAAGACUACUUCAGCUGAAACUUAUCAACAGCUAUUGCAUUUGGUAGGUGUUGAUAUUUUAGGUGCUGCCCAGCUCAUUCACGGUGAAGCUUCAGAAGAAAAUUAUCUCUGUGAUCUUUUGAUUGGUUCUUCGUUGCAUGAACCCUGCCAUCCUCUGAUUAAGGAAGUUCACUGAUCUUCUGACAAAUUUGACAGCAUGUAUUAGACAUUUGAUUCUACUUGGACAAUGGGAUUUUCUGCCAUUUCUUCUACAAGAUGCAUGUAUGGUAGCACAAAUGCUUCACACUACGGACAGUCUUGUCUACUCUCUUAAUACCUUGGCUCUUUUCAGUUUUACCGUAACAAAGUGGUGGCUGCACAGUUUUAGCCAGGAAAGCAUCUUUACCUCUAGAGUUAACAGGGUAGUUGAUUUGACCAAAUGGCUGAUCGUCCUAGUAGUAGGUGAUAUGGUUUCUAAGAAAGAAGAUAAGUCAUAUAUAAGCUUAUUUAUGUGUUUAGUUUAAUAUUGCACAGAUUUUAUUCCUUUAAUUUUGAGUGUAUUGCAACUUGAAGGAGCAGGUUUAUGGCUUUCACCCAGCACACUCACUGUGUGUGGUGAACAUCAGAUUACCUUUCAAUAACUCUUUGGUUUAACUUGAUAAAUUCAAAGGCUUUGCUAAAAAAAAAAUAGAAAAAAAAGUCAAAGCCUUCUAGGGCUUUGUGUAUUUCCUCAAGUAUAAUUCAUAUGAGUAAAACGCCAUAUUCAGAUCACAAUCAGGCAAAAUUCUUUUCUUGAAACAAAACGUGGGGGAGGGGGGAUAUGAGGUAGGUUUUUUAGGAAUUUUCUACGGCAGUAGGUCUUUAGACAUAUGGCUUCCAAAGAUUUUGGAAACUUAUCGGAACAGUUGAAAUUCUAGUGCUGGCAUCCCUUCAUCUGUCUAAACCAGUGGGUCUCAACCUUCCUAAUGCCGCGACCCUUUAAUACAGUUCCUCAUGUUGUGGUGACUCCCAACCAUAAAAUUAUUCCUAAAACCAUUGAAAAUAUGUGUUUUCCAAUGGUCUUAGACGACCCCUGUGAAAGGGUCAUUCGACCCCCAAAGGGGUCCCGACCCACAGGUUGAGAACCACUGGUCUAAACCAAGGAAAAUCUACUCUUCAUUCUUUAACUUUGAAUCUGGUUUAAUUCUGAAAUGAAAUAGAUAAAAAACUGCUGUAAAACUGUAUAUCCUUACUGCCCUUGAUAGUAAAAAUACUUGAAAUUGCCAUUUCCAGUACUGACAAUACAAAAAAAAACAAAAAACCCCAAAACCCCGUCCCCACAAACUUGGGCCUUCUUUCACUGUUGCUUCAGUUCUAUGUAGUGCUUGAAGCAGCGCCGGUUAUUUCCAACUUUGGGCGCAUGUCCGCGCGCUCCCACUUGGCAAUAGAUACAAAUUGCUUCCUGACUUUUGCUCCAGAUUGUCCUGGGGCAAAACACAGCAUCCGGUAACAAGACGGGGGCAGAAUAGGAUGGUUUUUCUGCAUGCUUCUGCAAUACUUAGUUUUUGCUUCCCUGACUUAGCACAAAUAUUUCGCUUUUAUUAAAAUUUGUGAGCAAGCAGACUUAUUUAUGACCCAUUUGCAUUAUUCUGAGCACUUUGCUACACGUUUGUAGACUUGAGAGACAGCCAUCUCAGUUCAGGUUGGAAGUACUGCAACACAAAAAUUCAAAUGCUUUUUCAGCAAAAAGGGUUGCAGCGCUCUUUCCUCUAGAAACUGAAACGCCAUCUAACUGAUAACUAGGUUUGCAGACUGACUACAACAUAUUUUAGGUUCCUUUAGUACUGUAUGGUUUUUGCAAAUGGUUUCUAGCUGACCUAUAAUAUAUUUUUUAAAAAAGCCAUGCAUUUUUCCCUAGAUUUGCUAUUUAAAUGAAAGUGAUGUGACAAAAUUGUUAUAUGAAAAAUCAGUAUGUAUUUUGGAGAAAUUUUGUUAUAUAUGGAUGUGAAAUGGCUCUCUUGAAUGCAAGGUUAUCUUUUGGUUUGCUGAGACUGUGAAAUAAAAUACAUGACAUCA